AUGAACAAUGGAAAAGAUCUAGGUCUCUAUAGUCCCAGUGACGUCUUGUCUACAAACCAACUCUUAAAAACCAGCCAAAACCACUGUAAGCUGUGUAUGAACAGAGCUUACUUUUCAAAAUACACCAGAAUCGGAUACAUAAUUGUUAUCAUUCUCUGUGGAAUCGGCAUCGUUUGAACUUUACUUUCAAAAUGCCGAUUUCCAGACAAUAUGUGGUUUUGGCUGCUUGAAGGCUUAGUUACAGUGCUCGUAGUCUUCGAAGUUUUCGUUCGUAUGUAUAUUCAAAACUGUCAUGCGUAUUGAAAGUCUUUUUCAAAUAUUUUUGAUUUGAUUAUUGUUAUUCUAUGCAUAAUUGCGAUUGGAGCUGGCUUGUGGGAUUCAGACAUUGAUGAAGACAUCGGCGGGAUUGGUGGGGAAAUCGCGAUGAUUUUGAGAACCAUUUUACAGUUUCUGAGAGUCAUCAUUUUUUUGAAAAAUCAGCAAAAAGCACAGCUGACAGCGCUGAAAAUGAUUGACUUUUCACAGCUUGCAGAGGCAAAAGAUAAUAAUAAUGCGAGACAAGAAGAUAAUAUGAGGCCGUCACAUAUAACUGAAGAAAAUGAUGAGCGUUUCAACUUUAUGAGGCAUAAUGAGUCAGAGAUGCUUCAUAGUAAAAAAGCGCAUAGGCUGGAUCUUUCAGGAGAUUCUCAUGAAUUGAAAGAUGUAAAUUAA